AUGGCCGUCCCAUCUUCUUCAAAGGCUCAUGUGAAGCACUACAAGCCUUAUUUCACACCGGUAGAAGUUGAGAAGCUCUCCGCGAAACAAAGAGGAAAAUUGAGUGUUUCUAGAGAAGAAAGAGGAAGACAACAAGCUUGUGGAUUCAUCGAUGCUGUAGGAGCUAGAUGUGGAUUCCCAAGAAGAACAAUAGCAACGGCUCAAACGUUAUAUAUGCGAUUUCACCUUUUCUUUCCAUACAAGGACUUCAACUACGUCGAAGUCGCCUUAUCUACACUAUACGUUUCGUCGAAAUUACAUGAUACGAUUAAGAAACCCCGAGAGAUCAUACUAGCUUCUUUCCCUAUACGAUAUCCUAAUCUCAUUCGAAAGGGUACUAUCGACAUAGCUACGGCCGAGGCUAAUGGGUUAGAGCAUGAGAGGAAACAAGUAUUGAAUUGUGAAAGACUAGUAUUGGAGACUAUGGGAUUCAAAUUCAGUGUGGAAACGGGUUUGAGAGGUGUGAUAAAAAUUGGUAAAAAGCUUCGUCUGAGCAAGGAAACUACUCAAAGUGCUUGGAGAGUAGCUGUCGAUUGUUAUAGAACCCAAGCUCCAUUAUCAUUUCCUCCUCAUAUCAUUGCUCUUGGAUCAAUUUAUACGGCUUCCCUCCUUCUGCUCGAGACGACCAAGACACCUUCGAGCUCUACAUCACAGGCGGAUGGCUCUAUUACUCCAGCGCAAGUGGUUGAGCUUCUUGGCAAGAGCGGAUCUUGGGAGAGCGAAUAUUCAGGAACAGCAGGACAUAUUGAUGAUAUCGCCCAUUAUGUGUUAGACUUGUAUACAACCAUCUUAUCCAUUUUACCAGAUGCUCAAUCAACUAUCCUGACUCCUUCACCUGUAUCACCUAAAGAACCUAAUCCAUCAUCCUCCCAAAAUUCAUCCACAUCAGCUUCAUCACCCACAGCAUUCCCUCUUCCAUUGUAUUGGACAUCUCAAACAUUGACUGAACUGAAGAUUCAGCUGAGAGAUAGAAGACCUGGCGGUCCACCUUCCACUGUAGGCUGGUUGGCAGUUGGUACCCCAUCAGAAGCAGAAGACGCAGGCGAUCAAGCUGUAGAGGGGAUGGGACAGAAUGAUGGGACCAUUCGGUUUUUAUGGGAUGUUGGUGUUGUACAAUGA